UUCUAUUUCAUUACUGUUUAAGUUCUUGAAAUUGUAGGCAUAAAUCAUAUGAUGGAGUUUAGAUUCAUUUUCUAACCAUGAGGACCCAGUGUCUUUCAUCAGAAUCUCAGAAGGGUAAGUGAUCCCCCCAAACUGUGAAAACCCACUAAUCUAGCAUCUUCAAGAAACAUUUUCCAGAGGAAUACACUUAAGCUGGCUUAACUUGUGCAUUCUUCCUUCAUAUUCAUACAGGGGAUCUUUACUAUAAAAUUAGUCUUUCUAAGAAUUCCGUUAGCCCAGCCAAGAAGUUCCUAUCCAUAGAUACAUAUAUCAACAACUCCCAGAUCCCAAAAACAGUUUACUCAUAAAUGCCUCCCCUAAAAUAAAAAAAAAAAAGACUAGCCACUCUGUUAAAUUUUUAAAUACUGUUGUAUGCUUCCAUAAUAAAUUCUCUGAAAGACUUGAAAAAUUUUUUAAUGAAAGGUUUUCUGGUUUUAAUUCCACAUUGACUUACCCGCCUCAUUCAACUUACCACACGUUACUAUCCAAACAAUUUGCUCAUAUACACCCAGGAUAUUUAGAAGGACAUUCUGAUUAUUCUCAAAGCAGGGACCAUUUAUUGAAUGGCAGACAAUAACUUUGUUGAAUGAAUGGAAAAGGAUCCCUCCUCCAGUAGAUUUAAAAUUAUGCCAUUAGCACCUGUGAGGAGGUUAAGCUGUGAAAGCAUUCCCUUCCUCUCCAAGUGUCAGAAAGGUGCUGCUUCCUCCGUAACACAACAUAAUACAGUUAUGGGUAUCUAUUUUAUAGGUCACACUGACCAAGGACAGUCUAUGUUCCCUAUAUAGUCUGACACAAUUGGUCUCUUCCAAAUAUUAUCCAAUCAGUAAUAUGUGCCCCUAUCUUUCCAAAAUACUAAGAUUUGCCACCAAAGCCUUCUGAUGCACCAUAAGAUGGUCAAUAUACUACUGUAUUAGUCAAAAUAUUUGUUAUAGUGCCAACUUUGUUUUCAAUUUAACAUGUGACCUUGAAAAAGUUAUCUCUAUAAUGCCUCAAUUUCCUAUUUUGUAAAAUGGGAGAAAAUAUCCUACCAUUUUCACAGAGAUUUUUAAUAGCACGAAAAAUACUGAAAGAGUAUUAUUAUUUUAUUAUAAAGUGUAUAUAAACCCACUUCAAUGGAAAAGAGCACCCAUUCUUUGUAGCCUUGUAGCAAUUACUCCGUUAAAGAUGUCCUGGACCGUCACAUUUCUAUUCAAAGGCACAAACUCUUCUUAAGACCACAAUGGGCCAUGCCAAGUUUCUCCCCUGCCAAACCCCACACAUAUAUGCUAUAUACCAUACUGCCAUUAAUGCUCUUUGCCCGCAAAUAACUAGGUACUUCCAAUCCCUAAAAUAGCAACCUGCAAGGAGCAUCCAAACAUUUAUUUUAAAAAAUACGCUGACUUAGAAGGGGAACUCCAUUACAUGUAUACAAAUACAAGCAAACUCUUCUGAACACUUUCCAUCCUUGCAUACACACACAAACACAGACGCCUCACACCAACAAACCAUCUGUCUUCUAGACCAAAAACAUGUCUUUUUCCACGUACAAACUAACCAGUUCCGUUUAUUAAACUUGUAAUACAGAAGUCAUUCUGUCGUUCCUACAUACAGUCAAUGUGUCAGGGGACACCACAGGCCUGGUCAAGCAGGUAAACAGUUCCCUUGCCACUCUCAUCCCUUAAAUACACAGACCGGACCGUGGGGUGGGCUCCAACCAUGCCCACACAAACUAGCCUGUCAGGGCCGCCGCGGGCUCCGCCUCCACUCGCCGACUUCCCAGCCCCCUCCCCCAAGCCGAGAGUCGGCCUGUCAGGGACGCCCCUUCACCCCGCCCGGAGGGACUUCCCGGUAAGCUCUGGAUCCCCGUUCCUAGUUCCCCUCCCCCAUCCUUACCGCCGCUCUCCCGGAGGUCCAGGUCCGGGAGAUGACAGCAGCUCCCGGGAAGUGAGCACGGGCGCGCUGGGAGUGUUUAGGCCUCAGGCCUGCCCACAGCGUCCCACUCACCGUGUCGGAAGGCGAGCAGGGAGCGACGAGAGCGCAGGGAAGUAGGGGAGAGAGGGUGGCCGCCAGGCUCCUCCGCCUCCCUUGAUCCACAGCGGAUCCCUCCCGCCUGUCAGGAGGCGUCCAGCGGUUGCCGAGCGGGUGCUUUGGAGUCUUUUCUGCCGGGGUCUGCAGGUCACCACGUUCGGAGAACUAGCGGCGACUCACGCACAAGGACUAUGCUGAAAGGAAUAACAAGGCUUAUCUCCAAGGUCCAUAAGCUGGAUCCUGGACAGUUUUUGUACACGGGGACCCAGGCACCCCAAAGCAUUGCUGCUUCCCUAGAUAACCAGGUUCCAGUUGAGAGUCCCAGAGUUAUUUCCUGCACCAGUGAGAGUGACCCGGCCAAGCAUGGGGAACAGCACGAGGGUCAGCACUACAACAUUCCCCUCCAGGAUCUGAAGACUGUAUUUCCCCAUGGCCUGCCUCCUCGCUUUACAAUGCAGGUGAAGACGUUUGGGGAAGCUUGCCUGAUGGUGAGGAAACCAGUGCUUGAGCUUCUGCAUUGCCUAAAAAACACCAAUUUUGCUUAUCCAGCUGUACGAUAUCUCCUCUAUGGAGAGAAGGGGACAGGAAAAACCCUUAGUCUUUGCCAUGUUAUUCAUUUCUGUGCAAAACAGGACUGGCUGAUUCUGCAUAUUCCCAAUGCUCAUCUCUGGGUGAAAAAUUGCCAGGAUCUUCUGCAGUCCACCUACAACAAAGAGCGUUUUGAUCAACCUUUAGAGGCUUCCGCUUGGCUGAAGAAUUUCAAAACUACAAAUGAACACUUCCUGGGCCAGAUAAAAGUUCAAGAGAAGUAUGUCUGGAAUAAGAGAGACAGCACUGAGAAAGGCAGUCCUCUGGGAGAAGUAGUUGAACAGGGCAUAACACGAGUGAGAAAUGCCACAGAUGCAGUUGGGAUUGUGCUGAAAGAGCUAAAGAGGCAGAGUUCGUUGGGUAUUUUUCGCCUCCUGGUAGCUGUGGAUGGAAUCAAUGCUCUGUGGGGAAGGACCACUCUGAAAAAAGAAGAUAAAAGCCUGAUGGCCCCAGAGGAGCUGGCACUUAUUCACAACCUGAGGAAAAUGGUGAAAAAUGACUGGCAUGGAGGCGCCAUUGUGUCGACUUUGAGCCAAACUGGAUCUCUCUUUAAGCCCAGGAGAGCCUAUCUGCCCCAGGAAUUACUGGGAAAGGAAGGGUUUGAUGCCCUAGAUCCCUUUAUUCCCAUCCAGGUUUCUAACUAUAACCCAAAGGAAUUUGAAAGUUGUAUUCAGUAUUACUUGGAGAACAAAUGGCUUCAACAUGAAAAAGCUCACACAGAAGAAGGGAAGAAGGAGCUGCUGUUCCUAAGUAAUGCAAACCCCUGGCAACUGGAGCGGCUGUGUGCCUACCUCUAAGCCACAUUUGCAACGUACAUGGAAGAACUGGACAUUUCCUUUAAGCUGGACUCGAUCAGAUGAAUCACCACAAAGGGAGAGCAACCAGGCCUCUAAUCUUAUCAGCCUGGACAACACAGCAGUUGCCUCUAGACCUUUACUGAAAUGAGUUCCUGGUGAAAUGACUGAGAACAUGUGGCAAUAAGAUGUCUUUUUGUUCCUGAAACACAUACUGGUUUACUGGAUGUGGUUUUCACAUUUAAGAUAAUCAUGGAUCUUUUCCUUUAAAAAAUUAAACAUAUUUCU